UGCCUUUGUCAAACAAGGAAACGGAAUGGGGGAUCAAACUAGGUGGUGCAGGAACCGAAGUUCAGGCGAUGCAAUGCAAAAAGUGAGUGACAGCGAAAUUGGUCUGAAAUUGACCGUGCAAAACGCUGACUUGACUUGACUCAAGGCUGUAAUCAACCACCGACCCUCAAUCCGAGUUCUGCGUGUGUUAGUGAAAAAGCAUCAUGAAAUUGCUAACUGCAUUACUACCCAUUGCUCUCGUUUCUGCUGUGUCAGCUUUUGAAAACACCGUGCCUUGCUUAGCAUGGUCCCCAAAGAGAUUCACAUCUGUUGUGGAGGGAUCGCAUGACCAAUACGUCGUCCUACAAAAGGACGCGAUUGACACGAUUCUUACGCCUUUCGGAAGCGAACUUUGCCAAACUAAAGUCGUGGCUAUUGUGGAUCAGCCAGAGAUCCAUACUUCCGACUUUGCACAAUAUUCAGACGCUUUGGAAUCGAUAAAGAAACAUAGUUCCGAAGCAGCCACACGCAUACAACACCAAUAUAUCGAUAAACAUGUUGAUAUAGAUCAGUUGGUUGGAAGAAUCGCUCAGCUUUGUGGUAGCACUUUGGCUAUCGUAAAUCCUCAGGGUAUCAGCAAAGACGAGAUCUAUAAUGGAAACGGUAACACUGUUGCGCUGCUAGAGCUUCCUAGUGCCCAUAGUGAAAUGUCACUGGCCAAGAAUGAUGCUUUGGUUGAUGAUCUUAUCAAGGCUAUCGAGGAAAACGUUGGGGAUGACUAUGCUGUGAUCCUUACCUCCAGCGCUGCCAAAGCACCUUUGCAUUCCAAGAGAAGCACUUUUGAAAAGAGGGCACCCAACAACGUCAACGCUCCUAUCUUCCAAAAAUAUCAACUGUUCAACACUGGUGUAUUCAUGGCCAUUGCCGUCGUCGCCAUGUUCAUUGGUAUCGUUGUCAUUGGCAUUUCCUGGCUAGGAAGUAUCCAAACGCCUGCUCGAUUUGAUAGCAAGCCCAAGCGAAGCUAGAUACAUAUCGGA